AUGAUUGGCGUAAGCAAUAUUACUAAUAGGACGGAUCCAAACAGUCUUAAGUCGCGUGUUUUCGUUGGAAAUCUUAACACAGUGCAUAUGACAAAAACAGAACUUGAGUCAAUUUUCUCGAAAUAUGGGGCAGUCGUGGGAAUAUCAGUACAUAAAGGAUAUGCAUUCAUUCAAUACGCAAAUGAGACUAAUGCACGAGCCGCAGUUAUUGGUGAAGAUUCAAAAACCUAUUACAAUAUGGUUUUAGAUGUAACCAUAGCAUCCGAACCGAAAAACCGCAAGCGAGGGAGAUCGAAUAUUGGUUCGUCGCUUCCGUCCUGGAACCCCUUGACAAGCACUAACCUUUCAGAACUUGCUUUACAAGCUCAAGCCCUUAGCAGUAUAACUGGAAAUUCGGUUCUGUCACUGCAGCAGUUUGGUUUGGAAGGUAUUAUGGGCCAGCCCAACCUCGUUAAUUUUGCUGCUGCGGCAAAUUCAGUGUUCCAUACCCCCUCAUUGUCUGCUUUAAACGUUUCUAGUGCCCAAACAACAGUUACAGCGGGUAAUAUACGCAAUAAAUAUACCAGAUUAUCGAACGCUACAACGACUACGUCCUCAACAACUAACUCUCUUGCUGCCAAACGUACUCGUUUGGAUGGAGUGUUGGGUAAUACUGGUAAUCAUAAUUUUAACUCGAACUCUUUGCCUGCUGGAGCUAGAGGACAGAAUUUAGUCUCACUUGUUUCUGCAACGGAUAGCCUUAUACCUCCAGCAAAUCGUCGCCAGUCAUCAAACUCUGGUCCUGUUCGUUCUGUGCCCGAUCAAUCAACAGGCAACUCUUUAGUGCGUAAUCGAAUUAUGGUGUCUACUUCCUCUCGCCCAACAAACCCAUCCACAACUAGUUCAAAUCAAAAUUCGCAACCGGCGGAAAAAAAUUCCGAUGUAAAGCUAAAUCGCUCACAAAAUCUAGGCCAUUCCUUCGAAUCUGACCAUCCUCCUGUUCAGCAGCCCAAUCGUACAACCUCGUCGACAAAAAGUAAUAGUCCUCAUUCAAGUGUCCAUUCACAUUCAGAGGAUAUUCUGAUAUGCGGACGUUGUCGUCGUUUAUUUGAACAAGUUGAUGAACUUAUUUCACAUAAAAUGGCUGGUUGCAGUUUGGACAAAGAUAGCGGAGCUGGUUGUCGUUGUCGAGCCGUAGGUGAGCCAGAGAAUUUAGAAUGUGCAUAUUGUGGUGCCAACUUUUCAACUGCUUGGGGACUGAUGCAUCACUGUCAUAGUGAUCAUUUUUUGACUAUAUAUGCGCUUCCAUCACCUCCUCCAUCUCCUUCUGCAUCAUCUAAUUCUGCGUCUUCUGAACGUUCUUCAAUAGUUUCUCGCCGAUCUGCUAAUAAUGAGGGGGAGAAUUUGUCUGAAAAAUCAAUGAGAUCAAACUCUCAUUCAGAUAGAUCAAAUCAUACAGGUAAGCAUGCGACAUCACUUGUGAGGCAAAACAUAAAGCCUGAGCAUCCUGCAUUCGAUAACCACCAUUCUUCCAGUUCACAUAGUGUUGAAGAGAACCGUGAAAAUAGCGACUGGGAUGCAGAGGAGGAGGAUGAGAAUAACGACCGUAGUGGAGGCAAUACUCCAACAUUGGAGUCAGUGCAUAAUGGAAAAUUUGACCCAUCGGACAUCCCGAGAGAUCACUCAGAUACAAGAUCUACAUCUGGUACUUCAGAUUCAGAAAUAUCAAAUGAAAUUCGUAGCAAGCGGUUACUGAAAACACGAUCCCCACCCUGUCCUCGAAGAAGUCGUGGUAGUGAAUAUGGCCGUCAUGAGACUGUAGAUGACGAUGACUAUGCCGAUGACGAUUCAGAACCUGGUAAUAUAAAAACUGAAUAAUUACUCAGGUAUGUCGUGCUAUACUUUUCACUGAUAGUUUAAUCGUUGUAUUUUCGUUCACACUGCUAAUGAAUACAUUUCCAGCUCCUUAAAAAUAACUGUAAAUCAACCUAGGUGACUAAUACUGGAAAAGAACCGAUGCACAAAAAUCUUUCUUCCUGACAGGCUUAUUUCAUAGUUUUUGUACACAAAUAAGUAGCUAAACAUAGUAAGUUUUAGAAAUAUCUAUUUAAAAGCACGAUUUUACUACAUAGCCGGAAUUCACUCAUAGUUUGUGGGUUAUAUGACAAUUUCUUAUAUUGUGAUCCUAAUCUAAACUGUCUCAGAUCAGUGAUUGAAAGUACCAGGUUCAUGCGAGCUUAAUUUCCUCAAAUACCUAUUCCCUUGAAAUGCAAUUUAUUGUAUAAUAAAACCAGAAACAGAACACAAUUAACCAUGCUCAUUUUUCUAAAAACUCGGUUAAUAAUACUACCGUGCGGCAAUUUAAUAGUCUAAGGUAAAUAUCAAAAUAAUUUUCGGUGUGAUCACAACCAAACUGCUGUUGAUAACAAGACUUAAAAAAUCUAACCAACGACUUAUCAUCCUAAGUUCUCUACAUACUUAAAAGAGUAAGUUCUCAACUGAUACUCUACUCUCCUAGCAUUUCCAUGUUUAAUAUUAAAGGUAAGGCAAAUGAGGAUAGUUGUCUAUGAAUAAAAUUUAUGAUCAGCUCUGCAAUAAUACUUUCCCAAAGUUGGUGAUGCAAUAUGAACAUUUCUAUUUGUCUUGACCGCUAAUUUCAACCAUUGUUUAAAGUCAACAUUGAAUAAUUAAGAAAGAAGCCUAUUAUAGUUUAUCCGUAGUUUUAUUGUCGAAAUAUACAUCAUGAUGCACAUUCUUAUCAGUUAUGGCAAUGACUUUUCAAAUAUUAACGUUGACAGUAAUGCGUCCAACCCUAAGAUGGUAAAAACAGAGCAGGUUGCUUCCCAUCCAUACCAAAAUUUUGUCAGCCACUGACCGAACACAUCUACUGAGACUUAGAGUGUAAGUUAAGUGAACAACACACUUGACUACUACACAAUAUAGGCAUUAAAACAACCUAACCUUGAAAUAGUACUUUUCCACUCGUAGUAAAGAAGGUACACCCAAACGUUCUUUGAUCAUUUAUGAAAGGUUAUGCAUUUUUUUAUCCCUUUUACAGAACAGCACUACGUCAUCGGCAUACUAUAAAUCGUUAGGUCUCCACAUAAGGAAAAUAUCAUGUCUGUGAUAAAGACAAAAAUGAUCGAAGUGAAUAGCUCAGACGAAAAUCACUCGACUUAGCUCAUCUAAAUAACAGUUUGCUAUAAAUUCUGACUCCACCGAUAUUAUCCCAGUAAUGAACCUUCAAGAGGCUGAUAUUUAUUUAUUCGAACACAUAAUCAUUGGUACAACGGAGCACGAAAUACAUAUGCUCCACGAAAUAACAAUGAGGUUGUAAAGAGACAGAAAAUGUAAAAUGCAUAUAAUAAGAAGAACAAUGGACAUCAAUUAGUGUAUGAGAGUGGAAUAAUAAUAACAAUAAUAGGAGAAACAGUUCAGUUAGCAAAAGUACAGCCAGAAAGAAUCCUUUCAGUUAAACAAAUUACGUUUGCUUUUAUGACGAAAGUAAAAGAAAGUUACGGCAACAUCGCCACUGGCCUCUGUUUUGAACCAUGUCUGAUAACCUCUCUAGCCAGUGUUGCACCAUCUCUAGGACCCAACCAGGGAGUCAUGAAGGACCAACAGAAGCCACUCCUGUACAUCUUCCUUUCAUACCGCGACGUCGUAUCAUACACUGACCACCUCUCCGCUUUUUCCAACCUUUUCUAGCGUCGGCGAAUAAUCCACUAUGUGGAAUUCUCUGGGAUGAUGUCCGUAAAAUAUACCCAAGCCACUGAAUUCGAUGCUCCAAGAUAGUGACACCAAUUGAAUUGUCGUCGCUGUGUCCGAACAUACGCUGUCGAACCUCUGCAUUAUUAAUAUGGUGUCGCCACUGAAUGUCAGCAAUCCUUCGGAGACAA